AUCACUCGCCAUGUAGGACCCGGGAGGUGGAGCUGCUUUUCCGUCGUGCACACAGAGGUUUCCCCGAUCCUCUUCAAUCUGAGACCCGCCUCCUGCCCGUUAUCUUCCUCUGUCAGGGGAGAGCAAGCGAGCGCCAGCACAGCAGAACAGCCAAAGAGCUGCAGACAUCCUCACACUGAUUUGAAUUUCCCACCUACUGUUGCACUUGUCUGGCUCCUUCACAUUGGGCUCUGGAAAAACUGGAAACAACCCAUUAGGAGAUAAAGCUCUGUUGACUCGUCCCCGUGGGAGUGGCUGGUAGGACUGUGAGCCCAGCAUGAGCUAAUGAUUUCUUGUUUGUUACUGAUACGUCUUGUGCAGCUCGUACAGCAGAUAUAGGAAGUAUGGACUGUCUGUGCUGAAACUAAAGCGAGAGCUCCAGAGGCAGAUACACGUACCUGACACAAGGAAGGGGAUAUAUACAAGUGUUUCAACACCUACAUGGUUAAUAUUUUAUAUGCUGGUGAGUGGGCUUUUCCUUGUGUUCACAUGACCUUUACAGGUUCACACGAUUGGGUAAAAACUGGAAUGAAUGAAAAUUCAUUUACUCAGCAAGGAGGAAAUAAAACCCAACGCUUCAGUUUCUUCAUUCUGUGCUGGCUUGUAUUGCUGGUUUAUGUUUCAUACAGUUACAACACCAUCGGGAGGAAUAACAUUGCUGUGAUAUUAGCCACAAAGGAGCCCAUUAUCACAAAGCCCUUAUACCCUUAUCUCAUCGAGGAGCCAUCAAAAUGUAGAGGAGACCCCCCAUUCUUACUGCUGCUCAUUCCUUCAAUGCCACAAGAUGUUCUCAUCAGGGACGUCCUGAGGAAGACUUGGGCCAAUGAAAGCUUAGUCCCUGAAAUCUCCAUCAAGAGGAUUUUCCUUCUGGGUCAUUCCCAUAAUAAUGAUGUUGAAAUGGCUGUGAGACAAGAGAGUUCUACAUUCCAUGACAUCAUCCAACAGGAUUUCCUGGACACCUACCGUAAUCUGACCAUCAAAACACUGAUGGGUAUAGAGUGGGUGAGUCGUCUCUGCCCCCGAGUCAGUUAUGUCAUGAAGGUGGAUAGUGACAUGUUCUUCAACCCUUGGUUCCUGGUGAAGCAGAUCUUACAGCCAGAGAAGCCCCUCAAAUUGGGUUUAUUCACAGGACGGGUCAUGUCAGGAGCUUCACCCAACAGGAAUAAAAAAAGCAAGUGGUACAUUUCAUAUUCAGACUACUCUGAAAAUGGCUACGCCACUUACUGUUCCGGCACAGGCUAUGUCUUCUCUGGAGGCUUGGCCCCGCUCAUAUACAAACAGGCAAUGGAGUUGAGCCUCUUGCCAUUUGAGGAUGUCUUUGUGGGUCUCUGCUUGAAAAGAAUAGGGUUGUACAUAUCCUGGCCAGGACGAUACUGGUUUAACAUUGACAGGAUCAAGUACAAUGGCUGCCAGUUUGCCAGGCUGGUUACUGUCCACCAUUAUAAGUCAGAGGAGUUGCUUAAUUUGUGGCCCGAUUUCCUCAAGGCAAUAAAAACGUGUACGUGAUAAGAUGCCUUGCCGAGAACAUGAACCCUAUUUCUAAAUAUGGAUCAUAUCUGCUUUUGUUUUCUAAUAAAUGUUCUGUAAAUCACA